AUGUGCAUAAAAUUUUUAUUUGAUAAAACUAUUAAGUUUGAAUUUCCGAGAGCUAGUUGCGUCACCUACACUGAGGGUUCCUGUGACCCGACGGCCCACGCACGCACUCUCAUCUCCUUCAAUGCUGUCCACUCCACGGGACACAUGAACAGCCAUCAUCCCAGUCUCUCCUCCGGCAAGAUCAACUCCACUUCGCACGUGCUGACUGCACUGCAACCAAUGGCGGACGCCGACGUGGCGCAAUUAUGCAAGAAGCUGGAGGAGCUCGAAAUGGCCGUGCACAAUGCGCGCGAAGAGGCGAAGGCGAAGGCGCAGAAGGCGGAAGAGCUGCAGAAGAGCCUGGCGGCGGCGGAGGAGGACAACAGCGAGCUGCAGACGGGGUGGGCGGAGCUGAACCGCCAGAGGCUGGAGGCCGAGGAAGCUGCCGCCAAGCUCAAAUCGGAAACGGCGCGGCUGGAGAGGGAGGUGGAGGAGCGGCACAUGGAGGCGGUGCGGCUGCGCGCGGAGGUGGAGGAGGGCAGGCGCGCCGUGGAGGAGAGCAAGAAGGCGGCCGUGAUGGCGGCGCGCGAGCGCAAGGCGCGCGAGCUGGAGUGGGUGUCGCAGAUCAGCCGCCUGCAGUCCGCCGCCCAGACCUCCUCCAUGGCCAAACUGCAGCUCGUCGCUGAGUCAGCGAGCAGCAAGCAGAGGUGUGAGCGGCUGGAGGAGGAGAAGAAGGCGGUGGAGAGGCAGAGGGACCGCGUGGACGACGAGAAGAAGGCGCUGCUGCAACAGCUCAAGGACCUGCAGGAGCGAGGGACAGGCCCAGCAUCUGGGUCGGCAGCAACGGAAGAGGCACUGCAGAAGGCACAGGCGGAGCUGGCAGCAGCGCACAAGGCGGUGGAGGAGGAGAGGCAGGCGGGCGAGGAGGCAGUGGCGCAGUGCGCGCAGCUGGAGGCGCAGUGCCGCGACCUGGAGGAGCAGCUGAGCCAGGCGCAGAGCAAACUCAAGGAGGCCAAAGAGGCCGCCCAGGAGAACGGCGCCCAGGACAGCGCCAUGCUCGCGAUGCUGAAUCUCCCUGAGAGCGAUGCGCGGGUACAGCUGAUGGAGGCACUGGCCAGUUUGGAGCAGGAGAAGAGGAAGUCCAACUCCUUCUGCAUGCAACAGAUAGAGCUGCGAAUCAAAGCAAAGAAGCUCCAGGACGAGUUGAGGGCGUCGGACGUGCCAGCGCUGAAGCAGGAGGUGGCGAGCCUGCAGGACGAGCUGGCUCAGGCCAAGGCGCUCCUUGAUAAGGCGGAGGAAGAGAAGGAAGAGCUGCUGGGACGACUCCAGGAGGCGGAGGCAGUGGGCAACAGUGCGAUGCAGGCGGAGGUGGAGCAUGUGCGGGGGGAGAACAACAUGCUCAUGCAGCAACUCGACAUGUUAGCGAUGCAGUUUGACCAGGAGAAGAACCUCAUCCACGCCCACAUGGCGCAGAAGGAGGAGGAGGUGGCGGACAUGAAGCUGCGCCUGGCGGACGAGCGCCAGGAGCGCGAGGAGGCGCAGCGCCGCCUGGAGGAGAGUGAGCGGCGCCGCGAGGCGGUCAAGGGGGAGAUGGAGGCCAUGGAGCAGCAGGCGUUCAAGAUGCGGCAGAGCAUGGUGCACAUGCAGCGACAAAUCACCGAGUGUGCUGCACCUGGAACCUCACCUUGGUGGGCCACGGUGCAGGCGGAGCAUUCGCCGGGGCGGCUGUACGUGGAGGCACUGGAGGAGCAGCACAGCAAGGUGGCGCAGCUGGAGCAGCAGGUGGCGGAGAAGGGGCAGGCAGAGCAGCAGCUGCAGCAGCUGCAGGCCACCAUGGCUGCUGCUGACGCGCAGAUGAAGGAGAGGGAGGCGCAGGUGGGUUGGGACGAGGAGAAGAGGUUUUCGUGUGUGCGUGCUUGUGCUCGUGCUGUUGUUGGUGCUGGCAGUUGGAGGGUGGGUUGGUGUGCGUGUGUGACCCAAGCGCACCUCCAAAUAACUCCAGCCAUUCCUCCGCCUCUGUUUCCCCCCUGCUCCCCACAACCCCCCACCCGUCUCCCCUUCCGCCCCCUUCCUCUCCGCACAACUGCCCCCCGUCUCUCUGCACCCGUGCAGCUGUCAUCAGAGCUGGCGUCGAACAAGGCAGCCAAAGAGUCGCUGCUGCAGCAGCUGGUGCACCCGUGCACACCCAUAAACAUCCAUGCUCAACAACUCACACCACAGCAUUGCUUCCCACCCAUCUGCCAGAUUGACCAACCCUAUGGGUGUUUGUGCUUCUCCCUUUCCCCUCCCUGCUCUGCCACUCUCACUCAUCUUGUCUCUUACCCUCCGACCCUCCUCUGUCCCUUCUGCACUUCCCUUGUCAACAAUCCUUUGCUGUGGUGGGUGGGAGCAGGAGGAGAUUCGGUCUCACCACUUGACAUGGGAGCGCGAUCGAUGCUCAUUGCUGGAGGCAUUGAACAAGGUGGGCGUGCGGGACCCGCGCAAGCCAACGCAUGUGCUGCGGCUGCGGCAGAAGGGCACGUACACGUGUGCGCAGUGCCUGGCGCUGGGCCGUGGGCUGGCGUGGAAGUGCACUGCGCGCGACUGUACUGA